AUGUACACGCUCGCAGGUUCACCCGCCCUGCAGCGCACCCGCGGCGGGGGCCGCGACCGUCAGCUGCUGCUCUCUGCUGAUUUCUCGACCCAGCGCGUGCGCCCCACGAUAGAGAAUGGCUGCAGCACGCGCCUCAAAAACAUCACAAUCAGCUAUACCAGCCAGGACGGCUCGACUCGAACGCUGCGCGGCCCGCGUACGCUUGUCGCCCGCGGGAAGCGGCGGAUAGGAGUGCGCGUUUCUGUGCCGUCCGAGGUCACGAUUUCCGGGGCAGUUGAGGGCGGGGCCGCCUUCCAGCUCACUUUCGAUGCUGACAAGGACGGGCAGCUGGUGUUGACCGGCGGCGGCAGUGGCGGCGGCGCUGUCGGGCGCGUGGAGGGCGCCCCCUGCACAGCGACGACGGCCGCGGCCGCCCUGCAAGAGGCGGCCCCGGCGGGCACCAAGCCAGCGCCGCUGACGGGUGCCGCCAAGGCGGCCGCGCAGGCCGCGGCCGACGCCGAGCUCGCCGCCGCGAGCCUGGACCCCACGACGACUCUCGACGGCGGCCCAAACCUCGGAGCCUACGACCGCGUGCAGACAGCGCCAGCGUUCCCCGCGGGCGCGUCGCAAUUGAUCGCGUUUGCCGACAAGGUCAUUGCCUACCGCAACGAGCCGGUCGAUAUCUACAUCCUGGCCAACGACCGGCUGCGGGACGCGACCAACACGACCGUCACGCUGUUCGACGCAUCCUCGUCGAGCCAGCUGGAGCUGCUGUCGAUCGUCGACAGCGGCGGCGAGACGGGCGAGAGCGUGUUCCAGCGCGUCAACCCGAACGACGACGCGCUGACGGAGCAUCCAGGAGGUUCAGGAUGGGCAGCGUGCUGA